CGCUCGGUGCUGUUUCUCUCUCUCUCUGUGACGACCGACUGACACUGACAUUUUUACAACCUGAGGACAUUUAUAAGAAUGUGAGGACUUUCUGGGACAAGCAGGACACUUUGGAACAACUUUAGAAAGCAACCAGCUUUUUAAAACAUUUGUGGACAGAUGGGUCAGUGACAGGAGAUUAAGACUUUUUUUGGAAAGUAACAAAACCAACCAGCAGUGCUGAAGUUGUCGGCAUUUGGAUGUAAAAACACUAAUUUCAGAUUUUAAAAAAAUUAUUUUUCAUCUGGCUGCAGAAACUUCCUUGGAUUUUGGAUUUGUUUCAUUCUGGGGUGAAGUGACUGUUUUUUUUCUCUGGUUUUACGCCUGAGGAUCCAGGUAGUUCACUUUUCGACCCACUCCUCUCAGUACUCGCUGACAUUCAGUCUGCCCGGCCUGAUCCCUCGUGGAGCCAUUCGUCGGACAGUAUUCAGUCUGAGCUGGGGUAUUUUGGGUCUUGGUCCUGUGUGUCAGUGCUGGUUCUGUUGUUUUGCCUGAAUGCCCCAGGAUUACCCACAGGCUGCAGUUCCUCAUUUGGCCUGCAGGGCAGCAGAGAGCAGUGGCCAGCAGCUGGACAGGCGGCGAGUUGGCAUGAGUGACUUCUGGCACAAGAUGGGCUGCUGCGUGGUGGCCAAGCCCCCGCCGAAGAAGAGGAGGAGGAGGAUCGAUCGCAGUAUGAUCGGAGAGCCGACAAACUUUGUCCACCUCACGCACAUUGGAUCUGGAGAGAUGGCUGAGGGACUGCAGCCGUCGGGCUCAGUCCAGGAGCAGAUGAAGUCUAAAGCCCUGAGUGUGAACGGCAGGAACAGCCUGUUAUAGCUGGGCCCAGACCAGCUGACAGACUCUGAGCCCCCGACCAGUAUCCCACCACCAGCCAGCAGCUUCCACUCCCCUCAUGGCCUGCUGAAGUGUCUUUGAGCAAAGCACUGCCCCUCUUCCAGCUGCAGUGGGCGCCAUCCUGACCUAAACAACUGCCCGACAAACACAAAGCCCCCUGGAGGAUUGUUACUUAUUUAAACGGUGAAAGGAAGUGACAGGAGAAAUUAAAGAUGUUUUUACUCACCAAGACUGAAGCUUCGUCUCCACCGUUAAAAAGCAUCCAAGAACAAGUGAAGAAGGUGAUUCUUGUUAAGCUGAGGGAGGUUCUUCAAAAUCUUUUUCUCUGGUUCAAUAAACCACCAGCUCUGCAUUGACCCUUAAAACAAAGACAGAGGAAAGAACUACAUCUCCCAGCAUGCCUUUGAAACCUUCCUCUGCUUCUGGACUUCACUAGUUCAACUGCCAACAUCAUGGAAGAUGUUUAUCAUUGAAUUUAAGAUGAAUAUAAACAGUUUAGAUCACAGGGAAAAGUGUCGACGUUCUCAUGUUCAUGUGAAGACGUGAAGAGGCGUCACUGUCAGUAUUAAACUAAAGUGAUAGAUCACUGGACUCCAUUUCACACCAUCUGCUUCUGUUCAGGAUUUCUGCUGAAUGACACAAAGUCUGUAAUUAAGAAAAAAAAACUGCCUCCAAAGUGUUGUUAAAAAAGACAUUUCCCAGUUUGUUGGACAAAUAAUUUUUAUUAAAAGUUAUUUUUUAGAGACAUUAGGCUCCAAUGUUACUACAUUCCCCACAAUGCUUCAUUUCAACCUCAUGUUGGUGGAAAGCUGCUCUGCAGUGUUUACUCAGUGGACUUCAUUUCUCAAGAUGCUUCACUGCUCUACUCUUGAUUUCAGCUUCUAAAGGAUUUUUUCACUUUUGUUUUGUUUCCCGGGCCCCAGACUGUUUUCAUUGGUCUCAUGGUUUCAGUGAUGACAUCACUGGACUUCAACUCCCACAAUGCUCUGCUCAGCCCUAGCGCUGGUGCUGAAUGACUAAAGACUCUCAGUUUAGGAGAUGGGAAAGUCCCACAAACCUCUGCUACACUGAACCAGGUGUGUGUGUGUCAUGGGUUUAGUGACCCACCUCGCUGAACUCAGAGAGAGAAAAGGACACAGUUUAAAACCUCCAUUAGAUAACAAGUCGGGUUUACACAUAAGUUCUGUGCUUGUUCCUCCUCUGAUCAUGUGACCACUUAGACUGAGGACUGGGAUACCAAAUGGAUGUUCAGUCUGAUGUUCGGGGUCCCUAAGACGGAAGCAUUUUCAUUUUGGGUUCCACAUUCAGACAUCGUCAGAACUUUAAAACAUUUCAUGCUGCGUCUGGUGGGAAAAUCAAGUAUUGAGUGUUUUACUGCGUUUGUUUUAGUAUUUUAACAAAUUUAAACAGACUGGUUUCAGUGAUUUCUCCUGAUGUCACUACUCCUGUUGUUUUUUUCUAUCUUCCUGAUUGACUGAAGUGGGGAUGCACACUAGUGAAGCCAGCAGGCAGAUUUCUGCUGGGCCUCGCCUUCGGGACAGGGUUCGUGUUCAGGUUGAUGUUGAAGUUGAUUUGUGGAUAGAGUUGAUUUGUAAGACUCAGAUUAAAUGUUUAAUAUAUUCUUGAUAAAAACGAAUUAAGAAAUACAGCAACAAUAGCUUUAUGAGCUACCAACAGACAUGUUGUGAGGUCUGAGGUUCCUCCAGACCUGAGUGGGCGUUCUCUAGCUGCCGUCUGGGCACAAAGUAUUUAAAACAAGUCACAUAGUUUUAUGUUUUACAGAUUUUAUGUAACUUUUGUCCCUGUGACAUUGUGCUCUGAGUGUUUCAGUCUUCAUGUAUCAGAUUCUGGUGGACAUGCUACAGUUUCAUUCAUCUAAAAUGCAUUUGCCUGAAAGAGUCACAGUUUUAGAUAAUUAGUCCAAAAAUAUCAAAAUCAGCCUCAAAUAAAAGCCAAACAUGUAAAGUUCUCAUUUAAAAACUCACUUCGAUGCCAUUGAACUGGUCAGAAGAGCUGCUGGAUGCCAGCGGCAGCUUUGGCUCUGCACCAGACCUCUGCUGAAGAAACUCCACAUCUCACCCAGACCGGACUCUUCAUCAGGGUUGGGGUUAGAGGCUACAGCAGUUUGUGCCUCUGGAUGUUUGUCUCAGUGAGAAAUAUGAUACAGUCGGGUGAAACGGAUCGAUCAGGCUGAUCUGUUGCUUUUUAUCAGCACAGUUCAUCACUGUAAAUGUGAUGCCAAAAGUUGCUCCAUGUGUUAAAUGAGAAUAAAUCAAAUCUUAAACCAAAACCUGGAAUCAAGCCAAACACGAAAGAAGAAGAAGAAGAAGGGCUAAUGUGGUGAUGUUUGCAAACACUCGGGCUGAGCUGUGUGUGCACGUGGGGGAAAUCUCUCCAAGGCCGUUUCCCCACACAGCUGUUGUCUGUAUCACCGUGCGCCGUCGCCAUGGAAACCGCUGAGUCACGGUGUUCCCCUCACCGCAGUGACUGGCCACUUCCUCCCUGUGAGGCCAAAAUGUCUCUGAGGACAGCAGCGUGGUGCGUUCACUGGACUCCUCAGAGCGUGGGAGCUCUGACACUUCUCCCUCACCUCCUCUUUCUAAAACAUUCAAUCCUCCUCGGUCAACAAACCUCAUGUGCCAGAGCUUAUUACUCUGACUGGGAGCUGCCUGACCUUUAAUUAGCACCCGACUGGACUGCUGAGUUCACCUCAUGUGACUCCCAGUCAAAGAGCUGAAUCAGCUGCUAGUGUAAACAACAAUGACAGGUGAUAAACACCUUGUGACAGAACCGAGUCAGUGUUUUACAUCAGUGUGUUAGAUCGACACACGGCUCCUCUGACCUGAGGCAGGUUUUAGUGGAGUCAGCUGGUCUGUUUGGAUCGCUUAUGUACACAGCUCCAGUAUAAACGGUAAACUAAGGGAAGAGUAAUUUGUUAAAGGCUAAACUCAAAAGUCUAAGUUUACAAUCAUGAAGACACACAGGUUUAUAACCAGUGCAACAGAAAUGUGCCUUUUCAAAGCAGCAGAAUCACAGGUGAAACAAACGAGCUCAGUUCCCUUGGGUGUCCCUGUAAACACACUGUACCUGGGCUGGAACGCAGCUGUUGUUAGUGUGCUACUCACAGCUGUGACAUGCCAACACAUCUGCUGUGUAAACAGUCAGCCGCCGCUUGGCUGUGAUGGUCGCCUGCAGGUCUGGGUCAUGUGCAGCACCGUCACACACAUCAAACCCAGAUGAUACUUUAAAUCAGCCAGAGGUGUGAGGGUUGGAUGUUUUCAGAAGCCACGGGUUCUGUGGCACAGUCGCUUUCUCCAAAUUCCAGAGUCUGACUCCCGUUUAUCACAGCCAUGGCUCCUCUCUGCCUCUCCCUCCUCACCCCCUCCACCUGGGGCUUCCCUCCUGCCAGCUAACAGUCCAACAACACUGGAAAACACUUUGCCCUCAAUCUCGCCUUCAGGCACAAACAACACCAGACCUGAAUCUGAAGCUGUGUUGGCCCUGACAAAGUCAUGUUUUCUUAUCAUCAAAUUAUUUUUAUGCUUUUUUUGUUAAAGAUUCUGACUUUUCAGAGUUUGUUUAUUAUUAGUAUUGUAUGAAUGCUUCUGUAAGAGCUUUGAUCACUAAAUGUUUCUGACUUUUGGCACCGUGAACUUUGCAACUGUCCAAACCUGCACGAGUUAAUGAAAGAGGUUGACUGAGAGCUUGUAGUUUUUACUUUCUUUUGCUCUUACAGCAGCUGUUUACAUGAUCACUAACAACCUACUGAGGGUUAAAUAAACUAUAAUCUGAUGUGAACCGAUCGGCAUCCUCCACGACUGACAUUUGUUGAGCCGCAGUUCCUCUGAUGUCCACUGAUGUCAGUAGGUUCGGCACACAGUCGAUAAUUUAACUAGUUUUGGUUUCACAUAUCACUUGCGGAGGGGGCUGUGGCUUUUGGUUCCGAGACCUGUGAGAAUGAAAAUAACCAGCAUAAACAAGGUGACACGAGAUAACUAGAACAGAAGUCACCAUGUUUUAUGAGCAAGACAAGAUAAAGUCGAAAGCAAACAAGAUAAUUUG